AUGUCCAUCAGCGGAGCCGAGAGCAGAUGUCGCGGGACAAGCGGUUCCGUUAUUCCGAAGGGUUCAAUGGUGCUCCGUCUGAGGGCAGAGUUUGGACCGUUCCUCCCGGUUUUGGUGCUCGCCGCCUUUGGUUGGCCUUUACUGCUCUUUCAGCAUUCUCUGUUGGUAGGAAACUUUGGUUUAAUUUCCAGGGCGGAUUCGGGUCAGGUGUCGGUGGAUGAAUUUGGAUCUUCUUCAGCGGUUUGGGGUCCGGUUCCCGGUGAAGGGAACAAUGAUUCCAUCACCAGGCAUAUUACUGGAACCUCGAAAAAUGAGGACAUUGUGACAGAGAAAGAUCUGGAGCAUUUUCUGCAUCUUCUAGAUGGUAAAGAUGGAGAGAUGGCAUGGCAAACCAUGAUGGACCGCUCUACUUCAAACUUCACAUAUCAAGCUUGGCGGCAUGAACCUGAGAUGGGACCAACAAUCUACCGAACCAAAACUGUUUUCGAGGAUGCAACUCCGGAGUUAGUCAGAGAUUUCUUCUGGGAUGAUGAGUUCAAGCCAAAAUGGGAUCCUACGCUUGCUUAUUUCAAGAUAUUGCAGGAAUCCCCACAUACAGGAUCUAUGAUUAUCCACUGGAUUAAAAAGUUCCCGUUCUUCUGCAGUGAUCGUGAAUAUAUCAUCGGUAGAAGAAUAUGGGAAUCUGGCAAAAAAUACUACUGUGUGACAAAGAGUGUACCAUACCCAGCUCUGCAAAGACGUGACAAGCCAAGGCGUGUGGACCUGUACUUCUCAAGUUGGAUUGUUAAGCCGAGUAGGAAUAAAGAAUGUCAAAAUUCGAGACAAAAGGAAAGUUGAAAAUUCUAGGUGUUGUUGGGCGAGACGUAAGCAACUUUGAUGUUGAAGUUGAUGCAUAUGGCGUUAAGGAAGAAACAAGCAUCUGACAAGGCAACUUUGACUCCUAACUUAAUUGUUUUGUCCCAAGCAUUAUGUACUUAGUAUAAAAGAACAAGUUAAUUUCUUAGAAGAGGAGGCGGCAGACCCACUGGAUUCAGCGCCAGGGCCAACGCGGGCUUUGGAUGCUGCGGUUGCAUCCUACCUUAAUUAUUUGAUUGCUUGAUCACCAAUUGAAUACUAUCUAUGAAUCUAGGAUUGAACUCGAGAGAGGGAAUUCUAGAUUGCAUAUAAGAUUGAAUAGAGCGAGAUCUUGAACUCGAGCAUCGGGAACAAAUUCGCAGUUAGGAUAGGAAUAUACCUAAUCGCUGCUU